UAAAAGCUGUAGAACUAUUGUGAUCUAGUGUAUAAGGCCAUCUAAAUAUAAUGCAUUUGUACGCUAUUUUUUGUUUAUAGAUGAAUUCUUAUAUCCUAAAAGUUUUAGGCUUUAGAUAGCACAUGGAGUGGAAUAGCUUCAUCUAUACUUUUGCUGAAAGCAAUACCUCAAGCCUUUUGACUUUGCAAUUUGUUUCUGGAAAUGCUUAAUUUUCAAUAAUUGGAUACGACUAAUGAAAAGAAGAAAAAAAAAAAAAUGCUGUAACUUGACGGUUUCUUUGUCCUUCGCGAUUCGAUGGGUGGGCUUACUCUGAAAGCCCUCGGGCUUUACCGAGCCCAAGAAAAGCUCUCCAAUUCAGAAAAUUUCCGGAUAUCCCGGUGCCUCGAGGAGGGAUUCGUCUUGUUUUUUCCGAGUACAUUGAAGGAUCCCUCUUGUUUAUGGUAGAAGUGAACAACCCCUUGUAGACAUCCCAGGAAGCCAAUCAGGUAAAAUUUAUACAAAACAAGUUUAUCCUUUUCCGAUAAAUUAAUUUUCAUGGACGACAUCUUCGCUUCAUCUCUCAAUCUCGAAGAGACCCACCUGAAGGAAGGCUACGCCGAGGGCUAUAAAGACGGUCUAGUCGCUGGCAAAGAGGAGGCUAAACAAGUAGGCCUUAAAGUUGGGUUCCAGGUCGGCGAGGAGUUGGGAUUCUACAGAGGGUGUGUGGACGCGUGGAAUUCUGCAAUUCUGAUCGACCCGGAACGGUUCUCGGUUCGGGUUCGGAAGAGUAUCAAGCAGAUGGAGGAGUUGGUGGAGAAAUACCCACUUCAGGACCCUGAGAAUGAGCAAGUUCAGGAGCUGAUGGAAGGCUUGAGGCUCAAGUUCAGAGCGAUUUGCGCCACUCUGGGUGUCAAAUUGGAGUAUAAUGUAAGGAGAGAAAUGUCGAAAUUGGUUCUUGCUUGCUGCAAGGUUUACAUAUCCGAAAGCCGAAACAAGGCUGCAUUGGACUCAAUUGAACGAGCUGCCAAGUUCUUCCAUGAAGCCCCCAUUAUCAACAAAUUCACGGAUGAGGUUUAUAACAGAGUUGGAUAUACCCUUGUUUCCAAGCUCCCAUCAGAGCCAUCUGUCCAGUCAUGUUCCUUGAGAAGUGCAGUUGUGACCAUGGUUAAGGCUGCAUUUUCGGCAAUUGACUUCGACUCGCAUUGUGGCAGCCACCCACGACUUGGAGUUGUGGAUCAUAUAUGCUUUCAUCCUUUGGCCCUUGCUUCCUUGGAUGAUGCAGCUAUAAUUGCCAGGUCUCUGGCGGCUGAUAUUGGAUUUGGUCUUCAAGUCCCGACAUUUCUAUACGGAGCGGCUCAUGAAGAGGGGAGGAAGCUGGCCUUGAUCAGAAGAGAGCUGGGUUAUUUCAAGCCAAAUUCUGAUGGUUUCCAGUGGGCUGGAGGGCUGAAAUCAGAGACAUUGCCACUGAAGCCAGACAGGGGUCCAGCUGAAGCAAGUAAGGCAAAAGGGGUCGUCGUAAUCGGGGCAACGAAGUGGGUCGAUAAUUACAAUGUCCCGAUCUUCUCUACCAAUACCGCUGCUGUGUGUAAAAUUGCAAAACAAGUGAGCGAGAGAGGAGGUGGACUGCCUUCAGUUCAAGCAAUGGCCCUGGGUCAUAAAGAAGGUGUAAUUGAGGUGGCUUGUAAUUUGCUUGAACCAAGUGAAGUGGGAGGGAAAAUGGUUCAGCAGGAAGUUGAGCGGCUUGCAGAAAGUGAAGGCUUGGCUGUGGGGGAAGGAUAUUUCACAGACCUCUCACAAGAGGGCAUAACUGAAAGGUACCUCAAAUUGGUUUCUUCUGUGUAACCUGAAAGUGGCUUGAGAUUUAUUUAUAUUUGUCGUCUCAUGUCUUGUGUGUCUUCUGCUUUGGAUCUAAUACUACCAGCACCUCACAUCGUGCUCAAAUUCCAAUGUUUCGAUCCUUCAAAUUUGUGAUUUUACAGAUAUUUCCACUGAUAUUGUAAAUUGACAUUGACUUUUCAGAGAGAGAUUUUUUUUUUU